CGACGGGCAGGUGGAGGCACCAGGCUGCGCGAGACGCCAGUUGAAAAAUGGCGGACUGCGAGAAGGAGGAGGCACACAAUCUCCAAAUGGAGUUCGAGUGGGUGCUCCAUGAGGAAGUGCAUUCCUCGCUAUCGCAGCUCCGGAAUAUAUUAAUGGAAUGUGCUCAACGCUUCCCAUUGGCUCUCUUCGGUAACGAUCAGCACAAUAAAACUGACAGAUUUGUGUUCGCGGCUCCGCAUGAUCAAGUGAAAUGCGUUGCCGUUCUCACAGGCGACAGUAUCACAAAUGCGGAAGUGAAUUUUAAGGUGCAGCGGCAACAGAAUAUUAACAUGAGGACGAGUAUUCAAAGUGAACAUCCAUGGAAGUUGCAACAAAUUCAAGAUGCUGCCAAUCAUUUGCAGCAAGGCAUCGCUCAUAUAGACAAUGUUGACAGGCAUUAUCUUUUUAAGACGUCAGACGAAGUCAUGCAUGUACUAGGUAAUAUCCUGGGCUGCCUUCAGAGGAGCAGGACCAGUUUGAUUGUCCCUAGGAAGAAGACGAUUGACGAUCUCAUCAAGAGUCGUAAUAUGAAAUCUCUCAAUCCAAACCUUCCAGAGAAUUUGGCCAUUAGCUUUUACAUUCAAAGCUACAAACUGGUUUUAGCCGUUUAUCAAUUAGAAAAUGCUCAUGGCAGUGUUAAGUAUGAAACACAGCAAGCGGAAUGCAGUGUGCCGUGGUUGAACGACGCUCUUGUAUUGCUUACAAUUGCUCUACAACUUUGUCAACGAUUAAAAGACAAGAUAUGUGUCUUUUCCCAAUAUAAAGAUUUUACUGUAGGAUCUCGUGUUCCUUCUGCAAUGGGCUGGUAACCUAACACCAAGUUUUCAUAAGAAACUCGAUAUAGUAUGAUGGUACAUAUGCAAGUGAGAAAGAUUUGGCCUCAACUGGUAACAUUUGCUCUGGCCUUUGUUUUUACAUAUGUUAAUUGUUGUCCUUUCAUCGUAUUUCUCAUUGCACUAGAGUGUUUAAACGUUUCUAAACGUUUCUAUAGUGUGCGCCUAGUAUAAUAAUGUUUAUUGUUAAACCACUGAGAUACCCAAUUAAAGAUUCACAUGGAGAUGUGAGUCACUAAUGGAUAAUAACGAAUCACUAUAUUAUUAUAGGCCAGAAAUGGAAGACAGCAUUUUGCCAAUUACUGGUGUGCCUAUCACCAUGUUACAUUGUGUUCUUCCCAUUUCUGUAGUAGUUUUUCAUGAUAUAAAUCUAACUUUGGCAUAUAACGUCUAAAAAUGUGUCAUUUUACCUACAAAUUGAUAGAAAGGUAUUCAAUACAUCUACUGUGAUUCUAGAAAUCUAUGCUGUAAUCCUCUCCUUACUGGAUUAGAACAUACUUUCGUAUGCUAAUUUUUAUUCUCUUUAUUUUAGUUUUUACUGUAGUGCGUGUUUGCGUGUAUAUAUUUACACAAUAUAUUGUGCGUAUAAUCAUCAUAUAGCAUAAGUUUCAACUUCAGUUUAUAGAAAUGAGUUAUUCGGGAAAUAAUGUUUGUUGAUAUCUCAAGCUUUCACAUUUAUUUUAAUUCUAUCAUAAUAUUUAAUGAAAUUAAUUGAAAGAACCAAAUUUCUGUCCAUGUCAGUAAUUCGUUAUCAUAUCAAUAUGAUAAAUCAGCAAUAAGUCAUAGGAAUGUGAACAUUAAAAUCUGAAGUUUAAAUUUAAUAAAAAAAGAAUGACUUUUACUUGCCAGACAACUUAACAUUUGUUUCUAAAUUUUUCAACAAAUUUCGAGAUAUAAAAACUUGGAUGCAAUAAUUUGAUAUCUUUUUGCUAAUAAAAGACAUGGUAGUAUAACUGUGUGUAUAGUUAUGGAAAAUGCCAUUUUAUUUAUCAAAUAUUGUUUAAUGAUAAUAAGUAGACAAAUACCAUGUGCCUCUUGAUUCCGAAUUCCGGAUAAAAUACCAAUACUUUACAUAAUGGUACAAUUUUUGUAAUCAGUAUUUUGAUUACUAAGAUUGUUAUAACAAGAAUAUAAAUAGUAUAUAUACACGUAUUUGAAAAAAAGAGUAUUGCCAAAGAAAAUAUUGCCCUAGGUUAACAGUAGGGAAAGGAUUAAGAAUUAAUUAAUUUAAAAAAGUGCUUAAAUAUAAUAAGUAGAUAGUAAUUCUUUUAGUAAAUUAAAGAUGUGUAGGAAAAAAUUAAUCUUCAUAUGUAUUUUUGUUAUGGUUCUGUGAAAUUGUUUGAAAUUACAUUUCAAAGAAUUAUGGAUAUAACAAAUACAGUCAUUUCAACAGAUUUAACAAAAAAGUUUUUAUGUAGUUUUCAUUGUUGAAAGAAGAAUGUUAAAUUUUCACUCAAGAAUUACACAUUAAGAAAUACUAGCAAAAAAAAUCUUGCCCAAGUCAUUAUUGUAUAGUAUUUCCACAAGAUUUAUACAUAUAUGUUUAUAGAGAUAUAUAAAAAAUGUAAUGUUUAUUAUUUUAAUAAUUUAUAUGCUUAUUUUAAUUAUUUUAUGUGCUUGUCUGUAUUGUAAUCUAAUUCAAGACAUCAGAAACUUGUAAUACUUUAAUUAUUAAAUUUAUAUCUAAGAUAUUGUUUAUUGUUA